CUACCACAAUCUUCUCUUAAGUUUAUAAAAUUUUCUCAGGCUGAUUGUUUGGUUACUGGAUUACACUGUCAGAUUUUCUCCAAAGUCACAAAAAUCCUCUGUGUCGCAUCAAGUAGCAUCCCUUUCGGUUUCCGACCUUUGUUACAGACACGACACAGCCAACGCAAAGCGUUGUUUUUGUAGCAGGAGCAGCAGCCGGGGCUCCGGAGCUUAGCUCUGUUCGGGGCUCGCUUUAUAUUUACUUGAAACAAGAAGAAUUUAUCACAAGAAAGCAUGUCAUCCCCUCCUACAGAAUAUGUAAAAACUGAUGAUGGAGCACGCUUCAUCCCAGCAACACAACGACCUGAUGGUACUUGGCGCAAACCGCGUAAGGUUAAAGAUGGCUAUGUGCCUCAGGAAGAAGUACCCCUGUAUGAAAGCAAGGGCAAAAUGUUCCUGAAUAGUAAGCCACAGUAUCCAAUUGGACUAAGCCCAGAUCUUAUUGCUGCUGCUGAAGCAAGAAAGUCUGGCCAGUCAGCUGGAAAUCCCAUUCCAGGAUUAGUCAUUCAACCUGGCGAUGCUAAAAAUGCGAAGAAAAAGAAAAAGAAGAAGGCUGGACAACAGGAAGACCUAAGUGAUGUCUUAGCAAGAACUUCAAUUAAUUCUGAAGCUAUGCUCUCUUCUAAUCACCUAAGAGAUUCUUCUGACGCCUCAACACUUGAUAAUGAGUGGAAAACAGCUAAGGGGAAAAACAAACGUGGAAAUCAAGUAGCAGAAGCGCCUAAAGCUAAGGGAAAUACAACCACGGUAGCUUCCUCCCAGUCCGCAAAGCCAGCACCAAAGCCCGUCAGCAAACCAGCACCAGCUGCCAAAGCUCCUAUUCAGACUGAAACAGCAAGUGACCCAGCAAAACGCUUGAAAAAUUUACGCAAAAAGUUGAGGGAAAUAGAAGCUAUAGAGGAAAAAGCUGCAUCGGGCACUAAACUUGAGAAAGACCAACUUGACAAAAUCUCUCGCAAAUCUGAAAUAUUGCAUGAAAUUGAUGAGUUAGAAUAAGUAGGACUUAUAUUUACUGACAGAUUGUGGAAAGAGAAGAUCAAGACACAAAGACAUUGUCCAAUCUCCAGCUAUUUCAUGUGUGUAGUAUGAUUAGGGGCUUGUCUUCCCACACCCCCUUUCUUUUUUAUUUAUCAAAGUGUUGUUGAACUGUAGAAUACCCUUCUCUAUUAUUUUAUAAAAGUUACAAUGAUCUUGUAAAGAUUUUUGGGGAGCUUACUUUUGAUGGUAAAUCAUGUUCUCAAUAUAGGCAGUUGGUGCAGAGCAAGUAAUGUUGAUGUUUCUCUCCUACUUCUUGCAUUAUUGGGGAAACAUAUUUCAUGUGUGUAGGUAUUCAAGUAGUAGUAGUGUUGAGUGUUGUUACAGUCUUGUAUCUACUGCACUUUCUCAUGAUUUCUGGAAUAAUUGAAAUUGGUAUGGUAUAUUGUAUGUGAGUAGCAGGAAAUAUUUUUGUACCAUAGUUAAACACCAAUUGUGAAUGCUACCUUAUCUUUUUGAUGAUCUUUAUGUGAUAGAUGGCUAGAGCAAAAUGGCAAUCAUGAAAAUUUUCUUGUUUUGAGGAAAUGAAAAGAGCUUGCAUUACAUUUAAGCAAUAAAUGAAAUAGUGUACCUGAAAUUAAUGUAUUGGCGUAGGCAUCUGUGCUUUAAUUGAUUGACUUCUACAGACUCAAGCACCAAGUACAACCGUUGUUUUAGUAGGCUGUAGCUUAUAUAGAAGUGCCAGUCACACAUAUUCCUAAAAACAGUUAUAAUUUUUUUUUUAAACCAAAACCACAAAAUAACAUAAUUCUAUAGCUCUUGUGUUUUGCAAGAAGUACUCUUUCUUUCCCCCUAGCUGGUAGUUUGUUGAUCAUUGGCUAUACCUAGUAUAUAGACAUCUGGUUUAUGUAACCAUAAUGCCUGAUUUGUAUGACAUUCUUGUCCCUUCUUUCAUCUGUGGUAUUCUCAUAUUUUAUUGUAAUUGACUAUGCAUUCUUAUCCUACCUCUUUGUUCUAGUGUCCUUUUUGUCUUAGAUCUUUUAUAAAUGGAAAACAGUCUUUGUGUUCAGUUAUGAAGUAGUAAUGUUAACCAAUUGUUAAAAUUUGUAUCUUUGUACAAUUGCCAGUACAGUCACAGUGCUGCUUAGUCAAUGAAUUUUCCUAUCUGAGCAGUACAAUAAUACUCUGAUUUCCUGUUAAGAGGCUAGUUUGUUUUAAAUCAUGAGCACUGAAAUAACAAAAUGUGUAAAUUCUUAAUGUAUGGUAAUUGCGUUUUCAGUUUGUGACCUCAAGUGUUUUUGACUGCAAGGUAAAUCAUGAAAUAAAAAUCCUUGUCUUACAAAACCAUAA